ACAAACAGACUAGAGUUUUAGUGGUGCUGCAGCUCAUUUAAAGUUAGUUUUCCAAAGAAAUCGCGAAACAAAGGUGACAAAAUAUGCAACAGCUUCUCACUCCUCACUACAACUGUCAAGUGAGCUGUCACGAUCACUGUCGGCGAUAGUGUGGACUGGGCUUCAAUGAAAUGUCAACAUUGUUGAAUUUAGAUCCGAGGACGGAAAGUUUUGGUGCUAAAAUUCACAAAACGUUUUUUGUUUGUACAUCAUACGCUAAAACGACGCACUUGGAACCUGCUUGCUUGUGUGAUUGUUUGUGCCGGCCGGUGGUUUGAUAGCGUAGUAAGAGAGUGGCAGUCAAACCAGUCCGUUCCGUGUCGGCAUCACCCAAUCGAACGAUAUGGAUUCCGAAGAUGGGGGAACCGCGAAGAAGGCGGGGCGGGGUCGUGGUCGGAGUCGUGGCACCCGGAGCCGCGGACGCGGCCGUGGCCGUGGGCGCGGGAAGAAGGCAUCGCGCGUGAUUUCUUCGGACGAGGAGGAAGAGCUGGCGUCACCCGAGCCGGAGAAGGAAAUCGCUGAGGAAGUCCCCGCUGAGAAAGUUAGCAGUGGGAAGCAGCAGCGGCAGGCGGAAGUGGAUGUAAUCAAAGAACCGCCGGUAUCCUCACCGGCGACGUUGAACCCGUUGGCGAUACCCGACCCGGAACCGACUUUGACGCCAACUACCACCAGUAUACCGCUCAUCAUUGACAUGGAAGCGGACAUCUCCCAGCUGGAGGCACCCACCUUCACUACAAUCUCACGCGGCCCGCCCGAACCGAUGGUGCGACUCAAUUGGAACCAUAAGGUCAAUCUGAUCGGCGAAAAGGUGCUGAAUCCGAUGAUCUACUGCUGCGAUCAGUGCGACAAACCGAUCCUCGUAUAUGGGCGGAUGAUUCCCUGUAAGCAUGUCUUCUGUCUACGGUGUGCCCGCUCCGAAACACUCAAGAUGUGUCCACGAUGCAAAGAGAAAGUGGUCCGGGUGGAGCAAACCGCUCUCGGCACCGUGUUCAUGUGCACGCAUGGUGGUACGCGGUACGGAAAUACGGGCUGCAGACGAACCUACCUUUCACAGCGGGAUCUUCAAGCUCACAUCAACCAUAGACAUAUUACAAACCCUCCGCCUUCGGAACAGACGGUAGUAGCUGCGACCGUUCCGCAACAGCAGCAGCUGAGUCAGCUAGACUUAUCGCCUCGAAGCAAGAUGAUGCUCGAGAAGGGAGCACCGGUGACCAGCACCAAUGGCAUGUCGAUGCGGAAAAACUCGGGAUCGAAUGAGUUCGACACAUACAGCUACAACUACAGUAGUAGCAACUCCACUAGCGCCUACUCCAUCAAUCACUCCGGCACACAGCACUCCCAAUCAUCAAUCGGUAUCUCGCAACAGUCCCGUCCUGGAUACUCGCCUUACGGACAGCAAGCUUCACCUCAGCAUAGCGUUAUUCCCUCUCAGGCCACAUUGGGAUCAUCGUCACUGUGGAUGCAAUCAUCCAACCAGUACUAUCGUUGAAGUUUCUGUAAUUGCGAAAUCCGCCCUACGUGACUAAGAAAUGACGAAAGCAAACGACUACAUUUGUGUGUAUGGUAAUUUCUUUUACUGUAUAUUAUAUCACCCUUUAACUUAAGUUGCAGCAAAUGCUCAGAUGUAGAGCACUAGUUACGCUGUUUAGGUACCAGGAAUUAAUCGUCUAAAUGAAGAGGCUAAAACUUGCGUUACGGCACUAUUGUCGGCUAAUUGUAGUUCGUAAAAUUUUCGCUCUUCCUCUAUCGCCCACUCACAACAGUACAGUGCCAGAUAAUCUAGAUAUGGUCAGCAAACCCUGUAUGAGAUCCUUAUGCACUUUAAGGUUCGAAUAAGGCCACGGCUUGGAUGUUAUCUAACAGUUAGUAUUAUUCAUAAAGUUGGAUCAACCCGUCGUAUGCUAUCAAUACAUCUUUGAUUCGGGGUUUGAUGGUUCAGCUAGCAUUGAUCAAAUAUUGUCUUCUGUGUUUUUAAAGACCGUAUAGUUUUUUUUUAUUAUACGAAACAAACUCAAAUAUGAUGUUGAAAUUUAGUUUGAAUAUUGCCUUUUUGCUAAUAUUUCACCUACCUUUAAUAGCCUAGAUUCAAGAUGCUUUGGUACAAAUCGUCCCGAAUAGAAUAAUGUAGAAAUCCAUUUCACCAUUCAUCAUAAAUCAUCUAAUAGCGUAAUCGAAUUUAAUUUUUAGUUGUAUGAUUCAUGAUAAGGUAAUUUAUCAACUAUGUGCGGCCGGUCGGGUGGAAGGAUGUGUAUGGUGCCUUUCCU